UUUCCUGCAGCAUUGACACACACACACACGCACACUCGCUCUGACACACUCCUUUAACCCCCACACUUCUCCCACUCCUGCACACGCUCCUUUUACUGCUACGAGCAGCCACGCAGCGCUGAUCCGCUCACUGAACAUCUGUUAAAAGCAUCCCAACUCCAGUCGCCAUGGAGCUAGACUUCGCACACUUUGACGAACGAGACAAGGCGUCCAGGACCCCUCGUGGUGGCCGCUUGAAUGGACUCCCCAGCCCGACCCACAGCGCCCACUGCAGCUUCUAUCGCACGCGCACCUUGCAAACGCUGGCCAAUGAGAAGAAGGCCAAGAAGGUCCGCUUCUACCGCAAUGGAGACCGCUACUUCAAGGGCAUAGUGUAUGCCGUGGCCAGUGACAGAUUUCGCACCUUCGAUGCGCUGCUGGCCGACCUGACUCGCUCUCUCUCCGACCACAUCAACCUGCCUCAGGGUGUCCGCUUCAUCUUCACCAUUGACGGCUCUAGUCGGAUCUCGGCUCUGGAUGAACUAGAGGAAGGGGAAAGCUACGUUUGCGCUUCAGAGAACAUCUACAAGAAGGUUGACUACACUAAGAACGUCAACCCCAACUGGUCAGUCAAUGUGAAGGCCUCUGCCAGCCAGAAGAACAUUCAGUCGUUGGCGGCCAGGGCUGCCAGCGAGCCCAGAGAGCAAAGCAAAGAUUUUGUUCGACCCAAGCUGGUGACGGUGAUGCGCAGCGGCGUCAAACCGCGCAAGGCCGUGCGCGUCCUGCUCAACAAGAAGACUGCGCACUCUUUCGAACAGGUGCUCACCGACAUCACGGAGGCAAUCAAGCUGGAAAGCGGGGUGGUCAAAAGGAUCUACACGCUUGAUGGCAAGCAGGUUACUUGUCUUCAAGAUUUCUUUGGGGACGAUGAUGUCUUCAUUGCAUGUGGACCUGAGAAAUUCCGCUACGCACAGGAUGACUUCUCUCUGGAUGAGAAUGAGUGCAGAGUGAUGAAGAAUCAGAAAGGUCAUCGUAGUUUAAUCAAGAGUCCUGGAUCCGUCAAACGCUGCAAGUCCCCUGCUGAAUCAAUCAACGGGACAGGCUCCAGCAGCCAGAUUUCCACCCCCGUCUCCAAGCACUCCCCCACCUCCACUCCGACUAGUCCUUCACUCAACAAGCAGAAGGACCUCUACCUGCCCUUAUCUCUGGAUGAUGAUGAUUCUAUCGGGGAGUCCAUGUAGACUGAAGCUUUUUAAGACCCGAGCGCGCCACCUUGUGGUCUGGGAGAUCCACUGAAGUGUCUACUCAGAUGCCCUUUGCUGCUUGAGAACACACAAAAAACAUAAUUUUUUAAAAUCAGUUUUCACCACCAAAAUAGUCAUCUCACCGUUGCACAAAUGUAUUUACACUGUUCACUUGCAAGCAGACUUCUGUUUAAAAUUUUCACUUUUGCUUUUAGACAAUUUACUCUCCAACCACAAAAUUCCAAGUAGCAAAAUGGGUGACUUUUGGGGUCAAAUCUGACUUUUGUACAACUUUAUAUCCGUGAUGUUCCCCCAUAUCGUUUCCCCCUUUUUAGGGUGCAAAAGCUAGUCUUUUUGUCUGAAGGUCCAGCGUUUUAAACCUGCUGUAAAUACUGUGUAUAGUUCUCAUAACCCGGUUUUCCGGUUGUCCGUUGCUGUGCUUCCAUUAUGUCGUCUUAACAUUUGCUCAACUUCAGGCUGUAGUCAAAGUAGAAGAACUCCUGGGGAGGCAAUGUACGGAAAGAUCUCCUGAAAAGGAAGCUAAUCCUGAUCAUUAAUCGCAAUAACUGGAAAUAACACAUUCCUAGGGAGAUUCUUUAAAAAAAAUAAAAUUUAAAAAAAAAAAAAAAAAAACUGGUUCCAUACAUAAAGUAGCAGGCUAUACCUGGUUACAUCAUAUACCCUCUGUGUUGUACAUACUGCAGUGCAUGCUACUGGUGAAUUAUUUUAAAGCUUUAGGUGCAUAAAAGAUGAUUUGAAGGACUUAACAGUGCAUAAGAUUGACCAAAGUUCAACUUGUUAAAUUUGGCCAAUCAGUAUACAGCAGUGUUUUAGUAACAGUUUAGCAAUUCACAGAUGAAUACAUAAGUCGCAAAGCCAAAGUUGCAGGAUUUAUUUAGGAUUUAAAGGGGACUUUAUUAGUUACUAGAAAAUAUUCUGGAGGAAUACCUGAUGUAAGCAUGUUCCUCCCAAGGUUUGACAUAACACGUUUAAUAUUUUAUAAAAUCUAUUAAUUUAUAUGAAGUGUACGUGUCUAGAAUUAUUCUCUACCUUUAACUUGUGGGCUACCCGCAUGAGUACUUUUUAAGGCUCCUUGUGCAGUGCUUUUUUAAUAUAUUAAAAGGUUUGCGUGUUUUAUUUUUUUUUCUAAGAGUGUUCUCAGGUUUUGCAGGCAAUCAAACCUGAGACUCUUUUCAUUCAAUUGGAUGACACUGAAGCACAACCAGCUGCAGCCGCUUUGAAUGUCUGCAUGGCACCAUUACAAUGCAGGACCACAAUUUACCAUGAUAAAGUAAGCAAACGAAGUGCUGCUUGUGUAGAAUUUUUUUUUCUUUCUUUCUUUCUUUCUUUCUUUCUUCAAUUUAACAGCUAUGCAUUUGGAUUUUAGGAAUAGUGAUGACACGUCCUUGCUGUUUGUGUAUGACAUGAAAGUUGCGUGUCCUGUCAAAGAGCUCAACUAUUUUGAUAGCAGUUUAUUUAUUUCAUAUCACAUACUGAAUUUUCCAUGUACUAGUACACUGUUUUCCCUCACAAGAAAAUUGGAAAGAACAUUAAGACAGUAUUUCUACUUGUGCGCUGAAUUUUCCUACUAGUGAAGACGGUGUACUAGUACAUCGACAAUUCAGUGCGCUACUAGGAUAUCCUAUAUCCUUGCCAUACAUCACUAAAUGUGUCGACACUGUCGUAAUUGUUCUCCAACUGAGAGGGCACUGUCAUAUACGUUUUUGCACAUAAUUUGUUUUCUCCUUGCAAAAGCUCAAUUUCCACAUAUUUUGAGGUUUCUUCGUAUUGCUUACUGCUUUAUUUCUUUAGCACAUGUUAGAUGGCCGGUGUGGUUUGAUCAUCACCUACAUUGGUGCCUUGUUUUUGAUCUAAACAAGAAAUGAGAAAUAUUGCUUGCUCUUUUUUACCCGCUCUUUCAAAUGAAGCCUCCCAACAAAGCUUGUUUUGUAGAGUUAGACACUGUAUCAUGGUGUAAAUACCCUCUGCUGUUACUCUUUUAUAUUCCACCUAUGCCUUUUCCACAUUAAAUAAAUGACCUUUUUCUUUCUUUGGAGGUUACUAUUUAUUCUCUUUGUGGUAUUUUGCAAUGUCAAACAGUGGCUUGUUUCAGUGCGCCAUUCAAUGUAAUAUCUGGUAUCA